GUUCUCCGCCUCAGCCUACGCGCUCAAAACAAAAUUCCAGCUCUGCCCUUAAACUUCAUUCAAAUCUUAAAGAUCCAAUUAUGUGAUUUUCCUUUAAAUUCACUAAUCUAAUGGCUUCGAUCCGUCGAACUCUCUCUCCAGCACAUCGCGACCGUUCAUACCAGAACAGCGCCGGAUUCUCCUCUCCGUCUAACAAGUUUUUACCCAACGGAAGCGGUAAACACUUCCCCUCGUCUUCCUCGUCUUCGCAUUUACGGCUUUUGUUAACCGCCGUUUAUUUAGUGUACCGCAAAGGGUGGCGGCGGUCUUUUUGCAGGUGUCUCUUAUUUUUCGCUGUAGGUUUUAUUUUCGGAGUUGCUCCGUUUGGAUACACGGAUACCGAUGUCCGAGCCAAGGGUCUCGCUUUCCCCGACCUCAAGCCGCCACCUGUCAAUCUCCAAUUGGACGAGCAAUACGUGUCUUCUGUUUCAUUGGGCGUUACAACGAGAUUGGCGGAACAAAAGGAAGUUGCCGGUUUAAUUGAGCCGUUAAAGCAGUUAAUCGUCAUUACCCCGACUUGUAAUCGGGGAUUCCAGGCGUAUUUCUUGAACAGGUUAGGGCAAGUUUUGAGGUUAGUGAAACCGCCGUUGGUUUGGAUGGUGGUGGAGGAGAAAGCUGCGUCGCUUGAGACGGCGGAGAUUUUGAGGAAAACCGGGGUUAUGUAUCGGCACUUGGUUUCCACUCUAAACUCUAGCAGCGUGAAGGAGCAAACGGUUCAUCAGAGAAACGCCGCUUUGGAACAUAUUGAACGGCAUAAGCUCGACGGGAUCGUGUUUUUCGCCGACGAAGACAAUUUCUACACGCUCGAGUUGUUUGAAAGCUUGAGAACUAUAAGCCGUUUUGGAACUUGGCCUGUUGCCAUGCUUGCACAAAGCAAGAACAAGGCAAUUCUGGAAGGUCCAGUGUGCAAUGCUAGCCAAGUAAUUGGAUGGCACACAAAUGAGAAAAUUAAAAGACUUCGUAGGUUUCAUGCUGAUAUGUCGGGAUUUGCUUUCAACAGCACUAUCUUGUGGGAUCUAAAGAGAUGGGGACGCCCCUUCUCAAACCCGGUUCGACAACUAGACACAGUAAAGGAGGGGUUCCAAGAAACUACAUUUAUAGAACAAGUUGUGGAAGAUGAAAGUCAAAUGGAAGGUAUACCACACAGUUGUUCGAGGAUUAUGAACUGGCAUCUCCAUUUAGAUAUGGGUAAUCUUGUUUAUCCCAAAGGAUGGCUACUUGAGAAGAAUGUAGAGGUCACCUUGCCUGUUAAGUGAUGGAAGCUUGUAUCUACAAUUCUUUUAUGUUGACAGCUUAAUCGGUUGUGCCUAUAUUUUCUGCUGGUGGCACAUUAUUCCAACUUCUCCGACCAGAUUUGGGACAAUCAUAUCAUCAUAUAAUACGCAAUGCAGAUACUCAUUGGCAAAGAGAGAGAAGGUUUGUGGUCUUUCUUUGUAGAAUUUUGCGGUAUGAAUAUUGUUGUGAACAAAAUCUUGUAGAGUUGCAGUGUUAUGGUUUAAUUCGUUAUUUUUCAGGAGAAACUUGCAUUCCUCGACUCCACAAAUAGGUGGUGUUUGAUGGGGGUGCAUCCAUUGUUAUAUAACCCUAUACUUAAAAAUCAAAGGAAAGUACUUUCCGUUUA